UGUUGGUCAGUUUAACUUUUCCCAAUUUACUAAUUGUGAUUUGUGUUCAAUUGGACUAAUAUAAGAAAAAUUUUCAUCGUUAAAUUUGAUCAACUUUAAAAUCAAUAUUGUGACAAUCAAUCAAUCAAUCAAUAAGCAAGACACUUGGAUUAACUUCAAUAUUUACAAUUAACUAAUCUUCAUCAUGUUACCAAAUCGUUGUAAUUUUUUCAUUAAUUGUUUACUAAUUGUGUUAAUUUUCGUGUUAAUCAAUAAUGUUGAUCAAUCAGUUGGAAUGAAGAAAAAAAUGUUUCGUAAAUUGAAAAGUAUGUUUAGUUCAAAGGCCAAGAAGUUAAUUAUCCUUCCAAUACCAAUACCUUUCAUGAUGGACGAUAAAAAGUUUGGUAGCUUUGGGUUAAUGAGCGGUGGACUUGGAGGUGGACUCGGCGGUGGACUUGGUUCAAUGUUAACUGGACACAUGAUGACACCAUCGAGUGGACAAAUGGACCCAUGGAUGAUGAUGUCCAUGAUGGAUUGUCCAGAAAUGAUGACCAUGGAAGAUGGUUCAACAAAUGGACACAAUUUAAAGCCAAACAUCCCAAAUACUGGACAUCAUCAAGAAGGUAAAACUUAUAUCACAAGUCCAGGUAGUUUCUCAUCAUCAUCAUCAUCAUCAUCACAACCUUUACCACCACCACCUCCUCCUCCUCCUACUUCAACUGGUCAUUACGGGUCAUCUCAAGAGACUGGACAACCAUUGAAUAUAAAUUGGGCCAGUAAUCAGCCCACCAAGGGAACCAAUAAUCCCUAUUCAGGUUAUCGAGGUGGAAACGGAAAUGGUCAAACUAAAUCAUCACCUGUAGCAAAUACUAAUUAUUUCAAGGGUCAAACUAGGGAAGUAUCUUCAUCCUCGUCUUCCUCUUCAUCGUCAAUAUCAUCAGGUUAUUAA